AUGCUUGCAAGCUUCCUAAGCCCUGCUGCUCGAGGCGCUGCGAAGAAGCCCAACCAGGACAAGCAAGACAAGCAGGACAAACAGGAGAAGACGAAAAAAAGCCCUCCAAAGCAGCUUGACAUUGGCAAAAAGGCCACCCCAGAUCGCUGGCGCCCCAUGAUUGGCGCCGGUGACAGCGAGUUCAAGCAGGUAUGGGACAUGUUCGACAAGAUUCGCCACCAGGGCGACAAUAGGAUGGGGCUGGACGACAUACUCGAAAAGUACUUUACGCCGCAUGAGGCCUCGCUUUUCAUCCCGGCCGACAGAGAAAGGAGCCCGGGCAUCGCCUACAUACAGCGCCAGGCCAGCCGUCGGUACCACAAGCUUGUCAAGACGGAGCGGUUUGCCGGCCUCAAGCAGGCUAGCUCUGCCGAGGUCUUGAUCUCCAAGCUUACCAUGCUCUACUUCGGGUUGCCCGUCGCUCCCUACACAUUCGUCUCAUUCGAUGACAAGGUGCCCGGGAAUGAGGACGAUGAUGGCAUCGUCUAUGACGAAGUUGAGCUGGUACACCCGGAACACCGGCCGCUCAAGUUUCUGAACAAGUACACGGAAAGGUCUUAUGGCAAAGACAUUAGUAGACGCCCCGAUCCUUUGUAUGUGAUGUUCUACAGCGGCCUAAGCGAGCUGCAGUGGGCUGGACACAUUCCAUACGAGAUCCCUUCCUUCGGCCAACUUUUGAACAUGGCAUCUACAGGCGGCCCGGUCUCAACAACCAAAAAUCCGGGACUCCGCGGUGGAGCUGGAAGCCAAGCUGAGCUUCGUGGAGGCAAACUGCCGAGGACUCCAUCUGAGGACGGCUACACCUGGCGCAUGUACGGCUAUCAAGGCCAAAUUGUCAUUGGCGAAAGGCUGGUAGAGUUCCAAAGCGCCGUCGAUCGCCUGCUCGGCUUCACCGUACGCGGAGAAUGCAUGGCAACCCUGCACCACUUCAACAAAAAGACGGGGAAGCCCGAGCUGUCCUUUGAUUUCAAGACGGGAUCUAAAAAUGAGAGAGCGGCAUUUGAGUUCAUUCAGAAGACGCCGGAUCCAGACGAGAAAAAAUGUGCCUUCUUCUUGACGAGGCCGCAUGAGCAGGCCCCAGAAAUCAACAACUUGUUUCCUGGCAAGGACAACAAGCACAUCGUCAAGGUCAGGGCAGCGGGCAAGGCUCAACUGAACUGCGCGUACAUCUAUCUGCCUCACUUCGACAGGGACCAUAUUGGCGCCAACGACUAUGACAGCAUCUUUGUCGCUGCCGCCCGCAUCCUGUUUGCUCCGUUGAACGAGACCGAGAACCCUCCUGCGAUCCUACCCUCAGUUGUCGGCUUCACCUUUGGAGGGGAUCAUGAGACCCCCUACAAACUCAGCUUCGGCGGCUUGAACAUUUCGCACUUUCUCGUGACGGCCCUCCGCAAGCGAGCCAAGGAGGGCAACAACAGGGACCUCAUCAUGACCAGAGGCCCUUCUCUAUUCGAUGGGGAAAUGGGACUCUUCAUGCCGGGUCUCACCUAUGAUGACAGCCCAGCCAAAGACAGCACAGCCAAGGGUGUGGAAACCUCGGCGGAAUGGAAGCUUAGUGCAUACAACAGCAUAAGUCCCGAUGGCGAACCGGCCGCCCAGGUGUUGAGGAACCACAUGUGGACCAGGUUCUCGCCGCGCGAGCUCAAGGACAUCCAUCACGUCGAGAUCUGGACUCCCGGCGAGGCCAUCAUGGACCCCAAGGUCUUCCCCAAGAGCCUCAUGAUCAACGUCCUGCAUGGCGCCGACAAGGUGGCGGAUACUGCUCUGAACCAGCUCCUGAAGCAUGUCGUCGAGGAGAGCCGCGGCGACCAGGUCUUCUUCUCUGCCAAGCCUGCCUACCAGUCGGGCCACAAGGUCAUCCUGCUGAACAAAGAUGGAAAGUGGACCCGGCCCGAGGCCACUGGAAGCUACGAGCACCCACAGUGCUUUUCCCUCCAGGGCGACAUGGACGUCGAGACGUUUCGGCAAAACGUCACGCGGUCGAUUGUCUCUGACUUUGACAACAAGUACAAAGACGGUGCAAUCUACAUCCAGCAGAGUGAAAAGGUCUGGGACAAGUACGACGACAUGCCCGCGGACGAACAGAAAUUCAUACGGCAAGGCGCAAAAGUCGCCGGUCUCAGCAAAGCAGCGUUUAUGGCACAGCUGAGAGCCAUGAUGGAGGCCGGACGAAACAACUACGUCGUGCACCCCCACACCACCGAAGGCCAGUGGGAGGUCAUCAAGCGCUUCAUAGUCUCCCGAGAGAUAUAUGUCCACAUGAUACCUCGCUGGUCUGUCCCUGAAAGUCAGCCCACCGAGCUGUUUCGCUGCUUCAUGCCGCUCAACGAAGAAGCCCAGAAGGAGGCUGCAGUCCACAUCCUCGGCCAAGGCAAUGGGAAAGCCAACGACCCCAGCGACGCCCAAACCUCCGACUCUGAUGACUUGAUGGAGAUCAGUUCUACCGGGCCCCUUAAUGAAUCCGGCUUGGAUCCGAAUCGUGCUCCUGGUGCUCAACAGUAUCCGAAAAGUCAAAAGCCCGCAUCAGGUCCCGAGGAAAUCUUGUUUGGGAGGAGUGCCAGUCAGAACACCAGCCAGAGCAUCGUGCAGAGCAACACGCAGUACAACACCCAGAAGCGUCUCGCAAAGACGACUGCCAAGGGCGCUGCACUCGGUGGCAAAGUCGUCCCCUUUGGGCCACCCGCAAUCCAGGGAAAGUGGCCACUCACAGAUGCCGAAAGGGUCAAGUUCCUCCGCGAGCAAACCUACGGCAAUCCCAUCUCCAUCUAUGAUGGCGGUCGGCCGCACGUGCCGAUCAACGCGCCGCCGAUCGAAACUUUCCUCCGCGGCGGCGCCGGUCUCCCAUCUGUCAGCAUCGCCAUGAUGACGCUCACCGAGCAGCGGCACCUCCAAGAGCAGUACCUGCAGAUGCGCAACCUGGCGCUCGAGCGGACGAUGCCCUGUCCGUACAGGUCAUGCGGGUACUCCUUCAGCGUGGACAAGCUCGACGACAUGCGUGCUCACAUUGAGGCGUCGCAUCUUUGGGACAGCUGCAACUUUUGCGAGGAGCGUCUCUACAAGUACUGGGGCAGGGAGAAGCGGCUACACCACUACAACACGAAACACAGCAAUAUGCUGUCGUCGACGGACGCGGGCGCGUCCCUUGCCCUGACGCUAGGAGAGAAGCAGCCAGCCCAGCACGAUAAAGGCAAGAAGGCAGUAAGCUUCGAAGCGCCCAAGAAUCCUACCAUCACGGUCACGAAGCCUACUAAGGCCCCGGCCACCAAGCCCAAGCCAACACGAGGUCCAGGCGCAACACCGAAGAAGCUGGCUGUCCCAGGCAAGGUGCAGCGUCAGACGGGCCAGUCCCUCGAGCCCACUACAAAGACUGUCAUUUCUUCAGGCAGCAAACGCAAGGGCACCGGCGCCCCCAAGAAUAAGGGCGAUGGCGAGUCCGUUGAUGAUGGCAUCGUGGAUGACGGCUAUGACGAGGAGCGUGACGAGGAGUAUGAAGACGAGGAGGAUGAGGAGUCUGAAGAAGAGUAUGAGGAGGACGAUGACGAGGACUAUACUGAAAAGCCGAGGACGCCCAAGCCGGGGCGUAACAAUGCUAGUCGUACAGCGGGUCAAGACACUACACCGACAUCUUCAGCCAAGAGAAAGAGAGCCAAGACCAAGCAAAAGACUGGCGAGAAGGAUUCGAAAUACCGCGACAGUGGUGACAUGGACGAUGGCGACGACGACCUCGUAGUACAGUCGGGCACCCAACAACCUGGAUCGUCUCGUGGCAAGAAGCAAAAGGUGUCACACCAUAAUCCCGGACCCAAAGACGCCGAAUGGAUAGACAGCGGCAACUCGGACGACAACUCCGACAACUCCAUCCCAUCUGAAGACGACGAGCCCGGCCGCUUGGGCGCGGCCAAGCGGCGCGAGGACUACCGCCUCCGUGCGGAAAACGACCCCAGUUGGAGGCCGCGCAAGGGAUCCCACGCCAAUGACGACGACGACCCGGAGCUGGAGGCGUCGGCGGUGCCCGAGGGCGAGGACUCCGUCCUGGCCGACAUCCAGGGCCAACCCGAAGCCGGGUCCUCGGCGAAGAAACGCAGCCCUCUUGCCGAUCCGUCCUACCGGCUCCCCAAGGGCGCGCUCGGCGAGGAUGACGACCCGGCGCUGAUCAGGUCUGCAGUGCCCGAGCCGGGCCUGCCUGGGAUUCUGCUGGAAACCCCGGGCUCGAAGCGCAAGCUGCCCGCGGCCGGCGCCAGGAGCGCGGGUGCUUUCCCGGGUGGCGCAAAUAUUGAGAUUGGUUUGCAGGACACGACUGGCAAGGAGGCCGAGCCAGCGCGCAAGAAGGCGCGCAAGACGCCGGCUCCCAAAAAGACGGCCGCCUCGCCCAAGAAAACGCCGGCACCAGCAAAGGCCGCACCCGCAGCCAAGACUACUGCAAACAAAACUGCCGCGGAGGAUGCUGCCACGAGACAGUCGGCUCUCUUCUCGACAAGCCUAUUCACAAUACCCGCUGCCAAAUCACCUGCUGCCAAAUCACCUGCUGCCAAAUCACCUGCUGCCAAAACACCCACUGCUCGACCCAAGCCUACCCCAGCCAAGCGCAAGCCUGUUGCCCAGGGUGAGCCUGUGAGAAGGUCAACUCGUACUGUUAGCAAGGAGCUCCAGUGAGGCACCUGUUUUUUUCUUUUGUCUGUCUUGAUUAUUGAAGCUGUCAUUUCUUUCCUUUUGUUGCUGGUUCUAUUUUGUUUAUUUGCUUUGUGUACUGUUAGUCUGCUUUUGCAUUUUAAUGCGCCUCCCGCACGCAGUUUUGCUCGACAACAAUGAGCCCAA